UUGUGAGAAGAACAAAAUGGCGGGCGUUCAAAUCUUUGAAAUUCGGACUUUUGGUCACAAAGUUAGUCUGUUAUCUCCGCUGUUGCGUCUUUUGUAGUUUCCAUUGCAGCAUAGUCUCCAGUACAGCAUGGCAUCACACAUAGUCUGCCAUGGUAACGAACACCUCCCUCGGUCCUUCCCACCUCCGCUGCCAUCCGCCAAGGACCAUGGCAUCGUCUCCCAGCUGGGCAGAGAACACCUCCUCUCACAGACUGUAGAACCCAAGGUUCAAGUUCAAGAAGCAGACAUCAUACCCACUCACAAUGUCCCCGCUCCCGUGCCAAAAUCUGACAUUAACCUAGCAGAUCCAGAUCUCUUGGUGACGCCCGAGAAGAGGGAGUUGAGCGAUGUCAUCUCAGUACGACCAAAGUCAUAUCCUUACAUUGUCAAAGAACCCAGAGUAGAGAGACACAUGCCUGGACUGAGGAGGGUGAGAUUUGAUGUGGCAGACAGUGUCAGUGAAGGAUCAGAUCAAAGUGAGGAAGACUCUGAGGUAACAUUUAAAAGGACCAGGGUUACAAAAGGUUCUCAACCAAAGGUGCAAGUCAGCAGGCACAGGAAGACUGUGCAGGACAGGUAUGCAGCAGAUGCACCAGAGGAAUGUGUUCUGGCAAGACCAGAGUUUAACACUACAUUAGCAUUGGGAAAGGAACUUCAGAAAUUGAAAUUUGGAGAAUUUGAUGCCAAAGCAGCAGCGCUAGAGAAGCUGAAGACAUCAGAACAGGUGCAGGAAAAGGUGUCUGAGAAAAGUGCAGAGGGGGUGAACAUUGCUCCUGCUGAACAGAAGUAUAGAGACCUAGUGAGCCUAGAUGUACCAGUACAAAGGGUACUGGAAGCAGCGGUGGAGGAAAAAUUAUCCAUGGUGAAAGAUGUCAAACAUGAAAAACCUCAGGUCCAAGAAGAGCCAGAUAUCAUGGACUUCUUCACAGAUGACCUUGUGUUUGAGUCAGCUGACUACAGCACCUCACACAUCCCUCCUGUCACGGCCAGUCUACAGACCGCACCCACGCACAUGACCUUCGACCUUUACAGGCACAUGCAGAUGUGGGAAGGAUGACUCGAUCUUAAUAAUUUUCUUCAAUACAAAAUACAACAUAAAAUGAACUAGUAGUUUUUCAUAUGUAGAGCAUGUACAUAAAUAUAUACAUGUAGUAUGUGAUACCACUUGUUUUUCUUCUGUCAGUUAUGAAUUGUUACUAGAAUAAUCUAGGUUAUGACUUGUAAUUUUAUUUAUUACCUAUCAGGCCACACCAAUUUAAUUUCUUGGUUAAAGGAUUUGCCCGCUUCAUUUUUUUCUGAUU